GAUAACAUGGUCAAUGCAAUGAUUUUAAAAACAAUGUUAAAACAAGCUGGGUUUAAUAAAUAUGAAGUUGCUACUAACGGGUUAGAGGCAGCUGUUCAAAAAUUUUCAAGGAAGCUAUAUGACAUAAUAUUCAUGGACUUACAGAUGCCGAUUUGUGAUGGGAUUGAAGCAACAAAAGAAAUUCGAAAAAUAGAAAACGGUGAGGAAUCAUAUUUAAUAUCCGAAACGUUAAAGAAUUCUGAAAUAUCGUCAACAAAUAUCGUUGAUAAACAACGCCGGAAAAAAGCUAUUAUAAUUGCGAUGACUGGACUUGCUUCUGAAGAAGAUAGUGAAGCCGCGGAAGCGGCGGGAUGUAAUGAGUUUUUGACGAAACCAGUAUCAAUAAAAACUCUAAAUUCACGUAUGAAAUAUUGGACACGUGAUGUGCUAGAAUAUGAUGAUAGCGAAGUCGCCAUAGAACUGGCAAAACCGCAAGAAAAAAAAGAACGGCAACAAUUACAAAUGACGGGGGAAAAAUUCGAUCUACCACAAGAGAAGGAAACGAAAGUGGAAUCACAAUUAUACAAAACUAUUAAGAAAAUAUAA